AUCUAUGCUAAUUAAGACCAAACACCAUCACGGUCAUGAUGUCCUUUGUUUAAACUGCAUAAAUUUUUAAUGAUUUGAGAAGACAAUUGCGCACGUUCAAUUAAUAACAGCACUGUUUAUCAUAUACUGCAGGCAAAGCUAAACAAAAAACUGGCUGUCGCUACUUCAUCUGGUGUAGCAAUGCUAUUUCAGGACAAUUUUCGCUGCCAGUUUACGUCGAUGUCAAGUUAUAUAAUGGAGAGUAAAUUGUGGCAUAAGCUGACGUGUUUCUGAUGGAGAGGCGCACACAAAUGUCACAAAUAGGCUGUGGAUCUCCGUACCAUUGGUUAAAGUAAUUAUUUUCGCGCGAAUGACGACCUAAGGGCAAACGAUUAUCCCGCCUUCGGUAGCAAGUAAAAAGACUGAAGUUAUUAAGUGAACACACGAAAGAAUACUCAUUCAUGAGAGUAAGACAGCAACUGGGCAUAAUUAACAACAAUGUCGGAAAACGUAUAUACAACGAUGAAUGGAUCACAGCUAUCGACCUGUUUCAAAAAUCCAACACCAGAAAAAAUCGGAAAAACCUUUGCCUUCUGCCUGAUUUUUCUUGUUUCGCUGGCUGGGAACACCGUCAUCGGAAUAAUUGUCUACAAGGCGAAAACCAUGAGAAAACCCACCAAUUUUUUAAUCGUAAACAUGGCCAUUUCUGAUCUGCUGUAUGCGAUAUUUGUUAUCCCUCGGGAGAUACCAAUGCUCUAUAUAGACUCCUGGCUGAUCGGUGGUCCUCUUGGCCAGGCCUUAUGUAGGCUGGCAAUCUUCUUAACUCAUUUCUCUGCUUCUGUGUCUAUUCAGAGCCUGGUUCUGAUAGCAGUGGAUCGAUUUGGAGCUGUGGUAUUUCCUCUCCGUUCUUCGCCCAUCAGUUCAAAACUGUGCCCGUUCUUCAUUCUCACCACCUGGAUCAUCGCGAUGGCUGUAUUCUCCCCAUAUCUCUUCGCCGUGAAACUUGUUGAAUAUCCAGGAAGAUUGGAAUGCAAGAUGCUAUGGAACGAAGUCUUUGGAGAGACCUUGUCUUUUCAAAAUUACUUUGUGUCAUUUUCGGUCGUAUUCAUUUUUAUCCCGUUAGUGUUGAUAGCCAUACUAUACAUUAUCAUCUUUUUAAAGUUCAAGUCACAGAAGAUUCCUGGUGAGCAAUCGGCCAACAGUGAAGCUGAGCAACGCCGGCGAAGGGAACAAAAUGUGUUGAAGAUGGCCAUUGCUAUUGUGUUGGGGUUUGCAAUUUGCUGGUUGCCCCCCAUUAUCGUGUGUUUACUCGUCUUCUUUUCAUAGGAUAUCGUGAUGUCCUGUGGCUUCCAAUAUUUUGCCUCUUUUGCUUUUUUAAUGACCAGGGCAAGUUGUGCCAUAAAUCCUUGUAUCUGUUUUAUUUUCAGUAGCAAUUAUCGUGAAGGACUUAAGACUCUCCUUAGAUAAACGUCUUUUGAACAGUGCAUUAGCCCUCUCUAUAGUCUGUCUAGAGGUUCAGUACUGCUAGUGGAUCUAAAACUUAUAAAAGACGUUAAUUUAAAACUGCUUUAUAUUAUACACUAUAAUGCCUUUAGGGAACUUUGCACAUGGGUUGGACACUGGCUGAGCAAGUUAUCAUCAUUUUGUAGUUAUUCUGCAGACCCCAGUUUUAAUUUCAUAUUUUCAUGGGAAGUUUUCCGUCGCGUGGGAAACCAUUCAAACAACGUAUUAUUUCAAUAAUGCUUUUUAUUUGAAUCAACGUACCCUUGAUAAACUUUGCGGAACCGUUUGCAGCCGUUCUUUUGAUCUUUUUUUGUUGUUGUUGUUUCAUCAUUUGUAAUCAUUUCGUGGACCCUUUUCUAAUUUUCAUAACCGGUUGGGGUCUUGUAUUUUAUGUACAAGAGAGGAAAUUAAAACGUCAUUUCAUGUAAAAUGAAUGAAACGCUCUUUCUCUUUCUGUCCUUUUUAUCGCCACUGUUUCCUUCGUUCGACCCAACAGUGAUUAUAAACUACAGAGGUGCAGCAAACAAUUUUUAUCUCUCAACAAACCGUUGUAAUUCUCAGCCCUGGUCUGAACCUACGAUAAUCAGCCUUUUAAGGCGCAUUGCAAUGGUUUAUAUACGUUAGCUCUCCUUUUCUUAAUUAUGAGACUAAUUGCAUAUUCCAUA